GGCAUUAUCAUUGCCUGCCGGGACAAGCUCCUCCCUAUGACAUCGCAUCUCCAAAGGGGAGGGACACGUUCAUUCAACAAACACCCCGUCAAGAAGACACUUUACGACAUUCACAUGUCAAGAUGGCGGCGGGUGUCGACGAGAAAGAUAGAAAGACAAUAGUCUUUCUCCAUCCCGACCUGGGAAUUGGCGGCGCAGAGAGAUUGGUUGUCGAUGCCGCCGUAGGCCUUCAGAACCGUGGCCAUAAGGUGGUCAUCUUUACCAGCCAUUGCGAUCCCAGACACUGCUUUGAUGAAGCUCGCGAUGGAACCCUCGACGUUCGCGUCCGCGGCAACUCCAUCAUCCCCCCCUCCCUCCUCGGCCGCUUCUCCAUCCUCUGCGCCAUCCUCCGCCAACUGCACCUAAUCCUACAAAUCACCCUCCUAACCUCCGAACUACGCACCCUCUCCCCCUCCGCCUUCUUCGUCGACCAACUCAGCGCCGGCCUACCCCUGCUCAAACUUCUCGUCCCGACCACUCCCAUCUUCUUCUACUGCCACUUCCCCGACCUGCUCCUCGUCCAAGGGCGCCAAAAAUGGUACAAGCGCCUCUACCGCCUGCCCUUCGACACAUGGGAAGAAUGGUCCAUGGGCUUCGCCGAUUCCAUCGCCGUCAACUCGUCGUUUACCAAAGGGAUCGUCUCGCAAACAUGGCCCAGUCUCGCCAGCAAACGCAGCCUGGAAGUCGUCCACCCAUGCAUCGACGUGCGCUCUACCUCCGACUUCAGCCAAAACCCCAGUGACGACGACAAGGAUGUACUCCCCUGGACCAAAAAGGGCAUUUUUUUGUCUAUCAACCGCUUCGAGCGCAAAAAGGACAUAGCUCUGGCCAUCAAGGCCUUUGCCUCCCUUUCUCCAGAGCAAAGAGGGAAAGCAAAGUUGAUUAUCGCGGGGGGGUAUGAUAACCGCGUGCAUGAGAACGUGUCUUACCAUAUGGACCUGGUGGACUUGGCUGAGGGAGCUCCUUACCAUCUCAAGACGGCAACGGCCAAAACGGUCGUGUCGGCGCUGAAUACCUCGCCUGAUGUGGAAGUCCUUUUCCUGUUGUCGGUUCCCAACACCUUCAAGGAAAUCUUGCUGCGGUCAGCGAAGUUGUUGGUCUACACACCAAGUAACGAACACUUUGGUAUCGUCCCGCUCGAGGCCAUGUUAAGGGGGGUGCCGGUGUUGGCGGCGAAUAAUGGUGGACCGACGGAGACGGUGGUGGAAGGGGAGACGGGGUGGUUGAGAGACCCGAAUGAAGUAGGGGAGUGGGCCAAGGUUAUGGAUAAGGUGUUGAAUGGAAUGGGGGAGGAAGAGUUGAAGAGGAUGGGGAAGAAAGGGAUGGAGAGGGUCAAGGGUAGGUUUGCGGACACGCAGAUGGCGGAGAGGUUGGAGGAGAUUAUUGAAAGGAUGCCCAAGGGGGAGGCGGCGCAUAGUGGAAUGGUUGUUUUGGUAGUGGGAGCUGCGGUGGCGGCUGUUGCUGGGGUUGUCAGUGCUGUGUAUUGGAAACUUUGGUGAGCGGGUUGUUUGGUGUGUUUGAAAUGAUGAUAGUUUUGUAUAGAUGGAUAGAGAUCACUUGGGUUGGAGUUCUUGUCUGAAUGAUAACAUUGAUAUCACUACAUUGAAGUAAACACCAACAACACUGGCAAACAUGAGACCAUCCAUCCUCACUUCCAUAGGUCGUGUAUUAUCCCGUUUUCCCAUCCUAGGCGUAGCAUCUCGAUUGCAUCCCGCCAAUUACCAAGGCAAAUCUGUUAUGAUCGCCGUCCUCGGGCUAUCUUCGUGUUUCACACAACAACCUUUGUAGAUACUCAUGUAUUCCCUCUAUUCCAUCAAGAAUCGAGAAUCGCUCUACAGGAUCUGUCCUCAGCUUGGUAAAUGCCUUCCCCCUGGAAUCAUAUAAAACAUCCCCUCAUCGCGCCCAAUACACUUCCCUCCCUCGCUCCCU